CUUAUUUGCAUUGUUUUAUUUCACACUGGCUCAACCUUAGGGAUAAUCCUUUGUUGUUGUCGAGAAUAAAUUUAGUCUAUGUAUCGGAAUGGAGACUUCUCCACAAAAGCGCGAUUUUGAUAUACUGAAAUCCCUGGCUCGUCCACCAAAGUCGGUCAUAACGACUUUCCACGCGGGAUUUGUUCUUCUCGGUCAUCCCAGUAACCAAGCGAAGAAAUGGGAUUACGCCCAAAAGCAGAUGGCCAACUUCGACCGUUUUAUAAACGAACUGAAAAAUUUUCAAGCUGAAAAAUGCACGAAAGAGGUGGCGAACGAAGCCAAAGAACUGAUUGCAGAUUACGACAAACAGUCGGUGUUAAACGCCUGCGCGGCCGCUACAUGGAUGUUUGACUGGGUACAAAAUACCGUACAACAGAUACAGGGGUAGAUCAUCACCGCCGAGCACAGUAACUAUAUACUCUGAUCGUCACCGCCGAGCACCGUAACUAGGUAUUCUGUGAUCAUCACCGCCGAGCACCGUAACUAUAUACUCUGUGAUCAUCACCGUCGAGCACCGUAACUAUAUACUCUGUGAUCAUCACCGCCGAGCACCGUAACUGCAUGCUCUGUUCAAAUAAAGAGGCAUGGACACAAUUUGAAUUGAAAAAUUCAACCCCCCCCCCCCCCAAUUUUUAAUCUUUACAAUGCAUAACUAAGGUAUUUCUAAAAUUUGAAUGUCAGUUGUUGAGAUGCAAGAGAGACAAAGCACUCGGAAUUCCUUGUUAUGCAAACAAGGCCCAUGUCAUGUUUUUGUUUGCAUAUACAUACAUGUGUAAAUGUUUGAAAAAUGUCGGCGAUUCUAAUAUAUGAUAUCAUAAUAAGCAUAUGAAAUUUUACCCGGAUAUUUGUAGCUUUUAUGCACAUUUUCCCUCAAAUAUAGUGAUUUCAUGAG